GUUGGAAUGAGUGCAAAAACACUAAUUCCAUAGCCUUGCACCAACCCACGCAGGAUUAUUCCGGGCACAUGUUUCCCCACUCCACCAAUUAUUACGGCAAAUACCCAAAAACUAUAAAUACAAAUCAAUCUAAAUCAAACUCAUAGAUCACUAAAAUUCCCUCCCCCUCUUUAUCCCUGGUCUAGGGUUCUGUUUUGUGUUUUUCAGGGUUCAGCCAUGGUUCCUUUUUCUUCAUCGAUUUCUCUUCUGAAAGCAUACUUAUUUCCACUGAUUUUACUUUCUAUAGCUAUUUUCUUUCAACUUUUUAUCAUCCCUUCUUCUUUUCCUACUUCACAUUAUGAUGUUCUUGGAAUUAAACAUUACAGCUCAAUUGAAGAAGUUAGUGAGGCUUAUGAGAAGUUUUCUUCGAGAUGGAGCUCAGGAGAGGAAGAGCCCGCCGUAAAGGAUUUCAUUAAGAUACGUUAUGCCUAUGAGCUUCUAACAGAUCCAUUGUGGAAGAGAGACUAUGAUGCAUUUGGCGUUGAUGAGCAUCUUCAUACUUUGGAAGAGGUGAAAGCAAAAUAUGCCGAGGAAACAUUCUCGAAAGUUGUGCUACCUCUACUAAAUGCUUCUUCCUCUGUCCAUGAUUUCAAUGUACUUACUACUGAAGACUUCAAAUAUGCAAUUGGGAGCUCAAAGGGGUUGCUAGUUCAGGUUUACUCAUCAGGGAGCAGCCGUUCUGACAAGUUUUUGUAUAACUGGAAAAGAAUCACUAAUUUAUUGGACGGGAUUGCUAAUACUGGUAUGGUAGAACUUGGUGAAAGAGAGCUUGCUACUUACCUUGCCGAGAGGACAUCCACAGGACAACCCUUCUUCAGAAACGGUAUCCCUUCGCUUGUUGCAUUCCCCCCUGGUUGUAGAAAUUCAGAUUGUCUACUGAGGUAUCAUGGGGAUCUCUCAGUGGAUGCAGUUACUGAUUGGUUUGCGACAAGAAUACUUGGUUUACCUCGCAUAAAUUACUAUUCAAAGGAGACUCUGGGGAAGAAUUUUAUUGCAAAAAGUGGACAUCACAAGGUAAAAGUUCUUUACUUCUCAAAAACUGGGGAGCGCGCUGCUCCAUUCUUGCGUCAAGCUGCAAGAGAUUAUUGGGCAUAUGCCUCGUUUGCUUCUAUUCUAUGGAGGGAGGAGGAAUCUUCCAUUUGGUGGAACAAUUUUGAGGUGGAGUCUGCCCCAGCUUUUGUGUUCUUGAAGGAUCCGGGUGUAAAGCCUGUUGUGUUUCAUGGAGCCAUGAACAGCACAUCAUUUUCAGAAAUCAUGGAGCAAAAUAAACAACAAGUUCUUCCCCAACUAAGGAGCAUAACAUCCAUGGACUUGGGAUGUGAUGCACGAGGCUACUCUCGUGCAGGAUAUGAGGCAACGACAUGGUAUUGCGUGAUUCUUGCAGGAAGGCCCAGUCUGGAACUUAACAAAAUGAGAGAAACCAUGGUCAGGGUACAAGAUACAUUAUCAAAUAAGGGUGAUUCAGGUGCUGAUGACGAAAAUAGCACUUUAGCUCCUCAAGCAGCUGCUGCCCUAAAAGAGAAGCGGUUGACAUUUACUUGGCUUGAUGGAGAAGCUCAGCAGAAAUACUGUUUCUUCUACAUCCAUACGGAGACCAGUUUUGAAACUUGUGGGCCAAGAAGAGAUAUGACAGAUGUACCCCAAAUAGUCAUUGUGCGGUACAAAAGAAAUUCUACUAAGCAGGAUGAACCUAAGGCUCCCAAGAGACAACCCAAAACCAUUUGGGAUACAUUUGAGGAGGAUAACGAGGAUCUUGCGUCUCAGCUUGUGGCUAAGUAUGAUGGUGCAAUGGAGACUCAAGAGAUAAUUCAAUGGGUCUCCAAAAUUAUCAAGGAUGGUGACUCAACAGACCUCCCUUUCUUUAGGACAACGACUCCAGAUCUUACUCCCGAGGAGUCAGAUGCAAUCUGGUCGAGAGGCAGUCAAACAGUUUUGUCUACAGGCCAAGGACUGAAGCAGAGAGUUCGGGGAAUCAUAACCAAUAUACAUGAUCAUAUCGGAGAUCCAAGGUUGGGUCCAAUCUUGCUUCUAGCAGCAGUCCUCUCUUUUGGUUCCAUUUAUCUGCGCAGGAGUCAAUCAGGUCUAGCAAAUCAGUCAAAUGGGACUAGCCAAUCAACUGAGCCUAACCAGUCAAGUCAGCCUACUAUGGAGGAAAAACCCAAUCGCGAAAAGAGAACUCGCAGAAAAGCAGUAUCGAACAAAGAUAAACCUACUUCCAUCGCUGAUGAUGUACCUAAGGAUGCUUAUAACCUGUUACCUUCAGAUCCAGAUUCUGACUAAAAGUUUCAGUUCAAGAGCAGUUUCACCCGCUCAACAGCUACUAGAUACGCAUUGGGUGGCUAAUUUAUAGUCUCAUACUAGAUUUUAUAUGCAGUUUAACACACAUUGUCAGAGGAUCCUACAACUGGCCGUUGCGAGGAUGACAUGGUUUUGUAGAUCAUCGUAUAAAAAUAACCUACAGUUGAAAUUCUUUAACCAUUUAAACUUUUCAACUUAUGAAUCAAUCGUUGUAGAUUUGUACACAAAUAAUCGGUUAAAAUUAAACUUCGUGUAAAUUAAGGUUUAGAAUGCGCCAGUAACGUGGAGCUCUGAUUCAUACAUUUUACGGAUUUUAUUGGGGUUAGUUCUUUGAA